AUGUUUGUCACUUCCUGCGCCACUCCGUCCAAUCAGCGCUGUCCACGAGCGAGAGAUAUGUGUGGUGGACGCGUGGCCCUGCUCCUCUCCCUGGGGCUCCUCUCCCUCGGCCUCCUGGGUGUAUCCGCUCAGCUGGAAGAUGACCACAUGACCAUGGAGGACCUCAACGACCUGGACGUGGAGGACGAAGACCUGGAGCUGGCCCCAGACAUGGACCUGGACCAGGACGAGGACCCCAGCGCCGCCCCAGAGACCACCGCCCCGCCUGCUCCCAAAGUGACGUACAAAGCCCCUGAGCCCAGAGGAGAGCACUACUUUGCUGAGGCCUUCGACCGAGACACUCUGGACGGUUGGGUUCUGUCCAGCGCCAAGAAGGAGGACACAGAUGAGGACAUCGCCAAAUACGACGGUAAAUGGGCUGUGGAGGAGAUGAGGGACACCAAACUGCCCGGAGACAAAGGCCUGGUGCUGAAGUCCAGGGCCAAACACCACGCCAUCUCAGCCCAGCUCCUGCGGCCCUUCUCCUUCACCACCAAGCCCCUUAUUGUCCAGUAUGAGGUGAACUUCCAGUCUGGGAUCGACUGUGGAGGGGCCUACGUCAAACUGCUCACUCAGACUCCGGAUCUAGACUUGGCCCAGUUUGUGGACAAGACUCCAUACACGAUCAUGUUUGGCCCAGACAAAUGUGGAGAGGACUACAAGCUGCACUUCAUCUUCAGGCACAAGAACCCCAAGACCGGCGAGUUUGAGGAGAAACACGCCAAGAAGCCCGACGCAGACCUCCGCACAUACUACACAGACAAGAAGAGCCACCUUUACACACUCGUGCUGAACCCGGAUAACUCGUUCGAGGUGCUGGUGGACCAGACCGUGGUGAACAGCGGGAACCUGCUCACAGACAUGACCCCCCCAGUCAACCCCGCUGCUGAGAUCGAAGACCCAGACGACCACAAGCCUGAGGACUGGGACGAGAGAGCCAAGAUCCAGGAUCCCGAUGCCACCAAGCCUGAAGACUGGGACGAGGAUGCUCCAGCUCAGGUCCCAGAUGAGGCCGCCGUCAAACCCGAGGGCUGGCUGGACGAUGAGCCAGAGUACAUCGGAGACCCCGACGCACUCAAGCCGGAUGACUGGGACGAGGACAUGGACGGCGAGUGGGAGGCACCACAAGUUCCCAACCCCAAGUGUGAGACGGCCCCCGGGUGUGGAGAGUGGAAGAGGCCCAUGGUGGACAACCCCAACUACAAGGGCAAGUGGAAGUCCCCCAUGAUCGACAACCCCAACUACCAGGGUGUGUGGAAGCCUCGUAAGAUCGCCAACCCGGCCUUCUUCGAGGACCUGGAGCCGUUCAAGAUGAGUGCGUUCAGUGCUGUGGGGCUGGAGCUCUGGUCCAUGACCUCAGAGAUCUUCUUUGAUAACUUCUUCAUCACAGACGACAGGAACACAGCCGACCAGUGGGCCUCAGAGGGAUGGGCCCUGAAGAAGACUGCGGAGAGCGCCGCCGAGCCCGGCCUGGUCACACAGAUGCGCUCAGCUGCAGAGGAGCGUCCCUGGCUCUGGGUGGUCUAUGUGCUGACGGUGGCCCUGCCCCUGGUCCUCAUCAUUGUCUUCUGCUGCACUGGGAAGAAAAAGACUCCGGCUGCAGACUAUAAGAAAACGGACGAACCGCAGCCAGACGUGAAAGAGGAAGAGGAGGGGGAGGAGGAGGAGGAGGAAGAGGCAGGGGCAGAAGCAGCAGCAGCAGCAGCAACAGCAGCACAGGAGGACAAGAGCAGCCCAGCAGAGGAGGCAGAGGAAGCAGAGGAGGGCGCAGAGGAAGCAGACGAUGACAAGACGGAGGAGAAGGACACAGAGAACGAAGAGAAACUGGAGGAGGACAUUCUGCGCAGAUCUCCCAGAAACAGGAGACCCCGAAAGGACUAA